UGUCGAUUGUCGACAGCAGUUUUUCGCGAGAGGCGUUAUAAUUUUUACGUUUUGAGGCUAAAUUAUUGUGAUUAUUAUAAUUCAAAAUGUUAGCCUUGAUUAAUCGUAUCCUUGAUUGGUUUAAAAGCCUGUUCUGGAAAGAAGAGAUGGAGCUCACUCUGGUUGGAUUGCAGUACUCCGGGAAAACAACAUUUGUGAACGUCAUUGCAUCUGGCCAGUUCAGUGAAGAUAUGAUCCCCACAGUCGGCUUCAACAUGCGCAAAAUCACUAAAGGCAACGUCACUAUCAAGGUUUGGGACAUCGGAGGCCAGCCCAGAUUCCGCUCCAUGUGGGAGAGGUACUGCCGCGGCGUCAACGCUAUUGUGUACAUGGUGGACGCGGCUGACAGCGACAAGAUCGAGGCGUCCCGCAACGAACUCCACAGCCUGCUCGAGAAGCAGCAGCUCACCGGCAUUCCUGUCCUAGUGCUCGGCAACAAGCGGGACCUGCCGCACGCGCUCGACGAGCACGGCCUCAUCGAGAGAAUGAACCUCUCAGCAAUCCAAGACCGCGAGAUCUGCUGCUACUCGAUCUCGUGCAAGGAGAAGGACAACAUCGACAUCACGCUGCAGUGGCUUAUCCAGCACAGCAAGUCGGGCGCCGCGCGCUAAGCCGCCAUCUAGUGGAUAUACAUCUAGGCUCUGGUAGUACCUAGACUAGCUCUGCGCUCGAUCUGAUAGAAGACGGAUAAAGCCACGUAUGCAUGGUAAAUAUUUGUUUGAGCGAUUUUGUUGAUCAACUGGCAAAAAUUUGCUGGAAACUUUGUUUAUAGGAUGACCUCCUCUCCAUACGCCAGACCGCGUGUUGUUGACUGAAAUUAAAAUUUUGAAAAAAACCCCCGACCGCAACAUAGUAAACCGAUUUUCAUGAAACGUGGCUAAGAACACUCCCGACUAAUUCAGCUUUCAGACAAAAAAACUAAAUCUAAAUCGAUU